AGAAAAGUGCUUGUCAAAAUUUUUAGAAACUUUGGAGUCCGGUGCCCCGGCCAAAGUUCUAUCUGAACCAGACCAGGCUCAGAGUCAGGGUGAAGGUAGGGGUGGUUAAAAAGCAAGUGUAACCGACUGGCUCCGCCGGGUCGGGCAGCUGCAGUCAUGAAUCCUUCAUGGGAGAGGCGAGAACUCGCAGUUCUCCUUCUCUACGCUCUCGCCUUCUACGUUUUCAUCCUCAGUCGCUCCCUUCAACUUUCUCGCGACCAUUACCGCCGUCUCUUUGGUUUGCGACCUGGCUGGCUCCUUCACCGUCUCAAUGAUGUCUCAGAUGCCCAGUGGAGAAAUUUUCGUGGAAACUUGCCCAUCCUUACUGUUGUUUUUGGAAUAUUUACACUGUUGGCAAAUACAUUGAGGACAUUGUUCCGAUUGAAAGCAAGGGGGAUGUCCAUUGUUUGGCUUUUGCUUUCUUUGACUUACCUGUCAUAUCUUCAUGGGGUUUGGUGUGUUGUACUGGAAGAAUUUAAUCAUUACUUCAUUUAUGGAUUUAAUGAUGUCUCAUUAAUAGUCCACCUCUCCUCAUUUUGCAGCAUCAUAUUUAUCAUUUCAAUUGCCUCUGUUAAUUUUCUUCUAGUAAAGAUUCUUGUAGAAACAAAAUAUUUCUCAACUGUACUUUGGAUUUUCAAUAUAGCUGUUCUCAUAUGUAAUCGUGUUUAUGAUGGAUAUUCAUUCUCCUUUAUUGGUCAACGUUGGUCUUAUUUAGACAACUUCCGUGGGACCUUUAGAUGGCAUAUCUGCUUUAACUUUGUUAUUUUGCGCAUGAUAAGCUUUGGAUAUGAUUACGCUUGGUCUCAUCAAGAUUCUCAGUUUGAUCAAAAGAAGCAUAUUCAACGUUGCCAUUUUUGUAAAUCGGGCAAAACAUGCUACCAGCUUCUCCAGGAGGGAAGCACUCGUAAUGGCAGGUUCUCUUUUAGUAUAUACCUGUGUUAUCUGGUAUAUGCACCCCUUUACAUUGCAGGACCAAUUAUUAGUUUCAAUGCAUUUGCCAUCCAGUUAGAUAUGCGUCAGAAUAGUUAUUCAAUAAGAGAAGUUGCUUUCUAUGGGUUACGUUGGAUGUUCAGUCUUUUCUUAAUGGAGCUAAUGACACACUUCUUAUAUUACAAUGCCUUUGCAAUCAGUGGGACUUGGAAGCAGUUAUCUCCUAUGGAUGUCUUCAUCAUCGGCUAUGGGGUCCUAAAUUUCAUGUGGCUCAAGUUUUUACUCAUUUGGCGCUACUUCCGAUUCUGGUCACUGAUUAGUGGUGUUGAGGCUUCUGAAAAUAUGCCAAAGUGUAUCAAUAAUUGCUACAACUUGGAAGGAUUUUGGAAAAAUUGGCAUGCUUCCUUCAACAGAUGGCUUGUCAGGUACAUGUACAUUCCUCUUGGGGGUUCUCAGAGAAAGCUGCUAAAUGUAUGGGUCAUAUUCUCGUUUGUUGCCAUAUGGCAUGAUUUAGAGUGGAAACUUCUUUCAUGGGCAUGGUUAACAUGUAUAUUUUUCAUCCCAGAAAUGAUACUGAAAUCAGUGAUGAACGCAUUUCAGGCUGAGAGUGCUUUUGGGCAAUUUGUUUUUCGUGAACUUAGUGCAGCUGCUGGUGCUAUCACAAUCACUUGUCUCAUGGUUGCUAAUCUUAUUGGCUAUGUUAUUGGGCCAUCGGGCAUUAAUUGGUUGAUUUCUCGAUUCCUUCAUAAAGAAGGACUGCCAACUCUUGCAUUCAUGAUUAUGUCAUUUUAUGUUGGAACAAAGGUAAAUGAUAAUAAAAUAUUUAAACAUGCAUCUAUAUUUGAAGUUUCAGUGAGUUUCUAUCAGGGGCCUGGUUAUUUUGCAGAUCAUGUUCCAAAUUCGAGAUGCCAAGCAGAGAAAAUAAAUUCAGGUGCAUUGUAAGGUUAUCAAUUGUUUUGCAGAUCAAUUGAUGUCAAAGUUUGAGAAGAAAUUCAAGCUGGGAUCACCAAGGCUAGGUUAGAUUCACCAGAGUUGAGGAUCUGGAUCCUACUUCUUGAAUGUAGGAAUAGAGUUGGCAGUGAUUGUUUUCAUGGCAUAGGCUUUGAUAGGCCACAACACGUAAAGGCUGAGGGAUGGUGUUGGAGGCUAUUGGUGAUGAGAUGAGCACAAAUAAUCUGAAGCUUCCUCAUGUUGCUGCAUUUUUGCAAGAUGGAAACAAUGUUUAUUUUUUUAUUUUUCCCAACUUAAUUUUCCUUCUCAAUGCUAGCACUUUUUUCUUUUUUAAUUGGAUUUCAUUCAUGCCUGUUAUCUCUUCAGGGAAUUAUGUAGGACCCAAUAACUCCAUUGGCAGAUUUUCACUAGUUACAAGUAUGUCUAAGAAAACCUCGCAAUCUUUGAGGAGUUUUUGUUAAAA